AUGCUGUGGCUGCCACAAGACAGACGAGUUGCACAGUAUUACAUGGGACCCGACUUUAACGAUGAAGCAUAUCAGUCCACUCUUCAGACAAAGCUCAGGAUCUCAGUUGGCUGUAAACCACUGAUCCAUGAAGUGAUGCACACCUCGUUAAUAAACGACGGCGAUCCUAUCAGGCUAUCCUUCUACGCCCAGAUCAGCGGUAAUGUGUCUGAGCAACUUGAAAUCGAGUACAGAUCUGCCAACAGAAUCGUUAUACUGGUGGGAUACGCGCAAGUCACAUAUGCUAUCGUUGACAGCACCGGCGCGCGACUGAAAGCGAACAUGGUAUGGCCUUACAGUGGCGACACCAAUUACAAGCAACUUGCACAACAAGCCUUCGAACGAUUUGCCCAAGCCAGCGCUGCAUACGACGAGAAAUUCCAGGCUCGAAUGAGACGUUGGGGCCGCAGACAGCGGCAAUGGGAAUGGUCGCUUUUCUUACUCGCUCGAGAGUACGCCAACCGUCUGAGAUGGCCUCGCGGUACAACCACCACGAUGAUCAUCAACGGCGAUUGUGAUACGGUUAUAUCGAAAUCAGUUGUCGACAGCACUGUUGCAGUCCCUCCAAUUGCACCUCGGAACAAUCCAAUGAGAUUUGCAACUGGACCCCCAGACAAGAUCCCUGCAGAUCUCGAAUCAGACAGUGAAGAACUAAGCGAAGAAUCGGAUAGAGACGCUGCUUGA